UGGCUGGAAACAAUAAUGGAAAUUAUAUGCGGAAUUUUGAAAAUAUCCUAGAACCUGGUAAAGAACCAGUUAUGACCAAAGAAUACAAUCCAUUGGUAGCAUUUAAAUUGGAAAAGAAUUUAGAUCCAAUAAAACUUAAAAAACAUGUUCUGCAAAGUGAAAGAAUACGCCAGCUAAUUGAUUACUAUGCGGAUAAACAAAAUUGUCCAGCCAAACAGGUGCAACGUAUGGUCUCCGAGAUAUUAGAUGAAAUUGGUUUGGAUCGAAACUUGGCCAUAAUACGUUGGUGUGGCAUAGCCAUAACGGCAAUUGGUAAACGGAUUUGUAAAGGCAUCUAUGUGAAUAAGGCCAGUAUGGAGAAUUUGAAAAAGGGUUUGGGUAAAAAUCCAGUACUAUAUUUACCCAGUCAUCGAAGUUAUAUGGACUUUAUAUUGAUGUCUUAUAUUUGUUUUCAUUAUGACAUUGAGAUACCAGGAAUUGCAGCUGGAAUGGAUUUCCAUUCUAUGUUUGCCAUGGGCACAAUGCUACGAAAAACUGGUGCCUUUUUCAUGCGUCGCUCUUUUUCAAAUGAUGAACUCUAUUGGGAUAUUUUCCGUGAAUAUAUGUAUGCCUUAGUGGGUUCCUAUCACAUAGGUGUUGAGUUCUUUAUUGAGGGUACAAGAAGUCGUAAUUUUAAGGCCUUAGUACCUAAAAUUGGUCUACUUUCAAUGGCCCUACAACCCUUCUUCACAGGAGAGGUAUCAGAUAUUACAAUUGUUCCAGUUAGUGUUUCCUAUGAACGUGUUUUGGAAGAACAAUUAUUUGUAUACGAAUUGUUGGGUGUGCCAAAACCCAAAGAAUCCACAAAGGGUUUCUUUAAGGCCUUAAAAAUAAUCGAUGAGAAUUUUGGGAAAAUGUAUUUGGAUUUUGGUGAACCAAUAUCGGUCAAGGAAUUCUUUGGUGAUUGCUGUAAUUUGGACAAAAUGAAAAGGGCCACGUUGGGUACACAUUUGCAAAAAUUAAAUAAAAAGGAAAUUGAUUUGGUUAAGAAAUUGGCCACAGAGAUUAUUUACCAACAACAACGACGCAUUGUUAUAAACACCUUCAACAUGAUUAGCCUGUACUUUGCCAGCCAAUAUUAUAUGGAUAAAUCGUUAAAUAUUGACGAAAUCUCUCGUGGCAUUAUCUUAUUAAAAGAUAUGUUUGAAAAACUUGGCGCGCAUGUUGCCACAAAUGUUAAUAGCAUAAAACCUGAAAUAAUUGAAACAGUUGAAAUCCACUCAAAUAUUAUACAUUUAAAACAAGGCCGCCUAGAAUUUUCACAGGUGCCGGUGGAAUUAUUGGCUCAGGAAAUUGAUGUGAGUCGUUUAAAAGCUCAUGCCUUAUCACCACGUACCAUGGCUGUGGCUGUGCCCAGUAUGGCAUUACAAUUGUAUAUGAAUCCAUGUUUAUUUUGGCUUGCCAGGCCGGGUUAUUUAAUUAUGGCCGCUCUACACUUGGAGGAAGAACAACAAAAAUCGAAUAAACAAAAUUCGGGAUCAUAUGAAGAAACCAUAUUGAGAUUAUCACAACAAGUUGAUGCUUUGGAUGAAGUAUUUAAACAUGAAUUUAUUGUGGAAUCUAAUCGUGAAUUGGAGGAAUUUGAACAUAAUUUGAAAUUUUUAAAAGAUCAUGGAGUAUUGCAAAUAUCUCAAAUGGGUUUGGUAGAAGUUCGACAUAACGAAUGUAGCCGCAGUAUUCUCUCAGCCUUGGCACCAUUCCUGUGUCUUUAUUAUCAACUUGUUGUUAUCUUGAAUAAGCUUUCUAUCGAAAAUGACGAUGAAGAAUUUGCCCCCAAAGACAUAUUGAAAAGUGUACAAAAACACAUUGAAUCAAUGCUAUUAACAAAUACCAGUCCAUUACAUGUCCAUCCCUAUUGUCUGGCCUUGGAUAAUUUAAAUAUCGCCCUACAUUCCCUUGUACAAAGUUCGUAUUUAUUGCGCAACCGUGAAACGGGUAAUUUUAAAAUAUCUCCCAGUAAAUCCUUGCCCCAAUUGGAAGGUUUCCUGCUACAGUUUUGUAAUCUGAUGCCAUUUAAACAGUAUUGGCAAUGUGCCAUAACAUCAAAGUUAUAACUCUUAGCUGACUUGAA